CUCAUCUUCACCCCUUCACCCCUCCCCCCAUCCCUUUUCCCAUUUUGUGUAACUUUUUAAUUCUUACUACUCCUCCCAGGGCUCGUCCGUUUCGUUCCAAGAUCCGAUCCGUCCAAAAUCCUCAUUGGACAGCCUCGCGACGACACUCUCGACGUCGGUCUGGCCCUACGAAAUGGCCAAGAUGUUCAAGUCGACUUGUUUUCCGGAUCUUCGGUUUUAUCACCAGGUCAACAGACAGGCAAGAGCGUAAUUAUCGAUCGAGUCUUGUCACCGUUACAAAUGUCCGAAGUCGGUACAAUUCGAUGUAUUGGUUUGAACGUACGGCCAUCGACCCUCCCUGUCAAGACGAGGGAUUGGACUCGCUGACCGAGAUCCGAGACGAACAGUACAAACAACAUGCCGCAGAAGUCAAAAUGUCUCUACCAAGUGUACCUACCGUGUUCAUGAAACCUCACACGUCGAUAGGUGACCCGUGGCCCGCUCCCACAGUCCUACCCAAACUCACCCAACAAGACGACUGUGGCGACUACGAGUCGGAACUCGCAGUGGUGCUGGGCCCUCGACCGGCCAAGAACGUCCCAGAGUCCCAAGCCAUGGACUACGUUUGGGGUUACACCGCGUGCAACGACAUUUCCAGCCGGACGAGUCAGUUCGCCCAGACCCAGUGGGGUUUCUCAAAGGGUUUCGACACGGCUUGUCCCUUGGGUCCGACGAUGGUUUCGCCCGCCAUGAUUCCGGACCCGUCCAAGUUGAGGGUACGAGGGAUCAAGAUCCCCCUCGAAAAGAAAGCCAGUGACGAGGACACGAUGGUACCCCUACAGGAUUGUCGGACGGACGACUUGAUCUUCUCCGUGCCCAAGUUGAUCAGUUUUCUGUCCCAGGGGACCACGUUACCGCCUGGGACGGUCAUCAUCACGGGAACACCGGGCGGGGUGGGCAUUGCGAGGAAACCCAAGGUCACCAUCCGGGCGGGUGAUGAGUUUAGGGUCGAGAUCUCGCCUCAUAUAGGUACCUUGGUGAAUGUUUUUGAGAAUGAGCAAUGACACUGAUGAUGUGGUGACAUGGUGACACGGCGAUGAAGUCUGGAGUUCCAGAGUACUGUUACAAUCCAUCAUUGUAGAUGAAGCAGAUCUAGUCGAAGACAUAGAUGACUUGAACAUGUACGUAUAUAUACCAAGAGGACCUCAUGACCACAUAGAAGUCAGCAAAG